GGAAUAAAAUAUCUAGAGGGCACUGUGCAGCUUUGUUGAUGAAGAAGUUCAACAUGUCAGCUGUUUUGUUUACUGUAACAUUUUAGUACUUUGGCUAUCUUCGCUUGCAAAUUAAACGUGGAUUAUUAUAGUUGUUGAAUAAAUCAGUAAGUUAAACAACCAAACUGGAUAAACUACCAGAAUAUCUUCGUGAUACAGUCGACUGGUUUAUGGGGAAGGGUAGAAGGAAGGAGAAAGAUGUUGCUACACCAAGUCAAGAAGAAGCUAAACUAUACCUUGAACCUGCAGUUUUGGAAAUGACCCUGUCAGAAGACAAGAUUCGAGAUGUGAUCGAUCUGCCUAUGGGAUUGGAUUAUAAUGAAUGGAUAGCAUCACAUACUUUAGCAUUAUUUGACCAUAUUAAUCUAAUAUAUGGUACAAUAUCUGAAUUUUGUACAAUGUCUGGUUGUCCUGACAUGAAUGGGCCUUCAUCAAGGCAAUAUUUAUGGUUUGAUGAGAAAGGUAAAAAAUGUAGGGUGGCAGCUCCUCAGUACAUAGAUUGUGUUAUGACUUUUACACAAAAGACUGUAAAUGAUGAAAAUAUAUUUCCAACUAAAUUUGAUAAAGAAUUUCCAAGUUCCUUUGAAUCUAUUGUAAAAAAAAUACAACGAUUGCUCUUCCACGUCUUAGCUCAUAUUUAUCAAGCACACUUUCGAGAAAUAGUCUUAUUGAAUCUCCACACUCACCUAAAUAGCAUAUUUUGUCAUUUUUGGCUUUUCAAUGAUCAUUUCAAAAUGGUUGAAGAGAAAGAAACAGAAAUUUUACAAGAUUUAGCAGUGGUACUAAAAUUAUUAAAUAAUCAGAAUGAAGAAGAGAAAGCAAGUAAUGCAGAAGAUAAUAGGACUGAAGAUGUCCAGAUGGUUUCAAGCUGUGGAGAUAAUGAAAUCUGUGUAAAUGGUGCAGAAAAAACAGAUUGCACGUCUGCAGAUGCCAGAUCUCCAUCACCUACGUCAUGUUCUGCGGCCUUAGAUUCUAAAAUAAAUUCUAGGGAACAUUCCAACGUGUGUGCAAUGGAUUCUGAAGCUACCUUUGCAACUUGCAGCUCUCAUCAAUGAAAUUCUAGCAGUAACGAUUUUCUUUGAUUCUUUCAUCUGAUAUCCAUUAUCAGAAUAAUGUCUGCUUUUAGUUUCUAUAGUCAAUUAAUUGGCUUCUUGUUGGAUCAGAAUUGCUCUUAAAAAUUGAUAAGUAGAAGUGUCUUUUCCAUAAAUUGUAUCUUAUUGCGUCACAGUAAGAAAAUAUGCUUAAUUGUAAUUUUUAAUUUAUGAAAGUAAACAAAUUAGAUCGAAGCAGGAAAUUAAAUUUGACAGUUUAGCUGCAAGAGAUGACAGAAUGUAGUUUACUGAUGUCGGCCAUAGGAUUACACUGAGAGCCGUUUAUAAUGUGAUAACUAAGACAUUCGAGGCACCUCGGGAUAUAUUGUGAAUGAACUGUGAUUUUUUAGAAAUGCACGAACGACUUAUUGCAUAA